AUUUAAGAACACGGAAAUGGCAUAGCCAUAAUGAAAAAGCUAAAAGGAGGGCGUCCGCUUUGAUACACGGUAUAUACGAAGGAAACGCGUUGUUUACUGUGGAGAUAAUUACAGAAAAAAAAAAGCAAGCCAUUUGGGCAAUCAUCCUACGAAAGUCCUCCUAGCUUACAAUCGAAAAUCUCUAAGAAUCUCUCUUUCUGUUUUCUUACUUUCUCCCAUUUUCUUCGGUUUUCUGGGUUUCUCUCCGUUUCUCUAGUGGUGAAAAGUGGGUAUGGCAGUGUUGUCGUUUAGCUCGCUGCCUUUAGGGUUCAGAUUCAGGCCAACGGACGAGGAAUUGGUGAAUUUCUACUUGAGAUUGAAGAUUAAUGGAAAUGAUGAAGAGGUCAAAGUCAUUCGAGAACUCGAUGUUUGUAAAUGGGAGCCCUGGGAUUUGCCUGAUUUAUCGAUGAUAAAGACGAAUGAUCAAGAGUGGUUCUUUUUCUGUCCGCUUGAUCGCAAGUAUCCGAGUGGGCACAGAUUGAACAGGGCAACAAGUAAAGGAUACUGGAAGGCAACUGGAAAGGAUCGCAAAAUAAAGUCUGGAAACAACUUGAUUGGUAUGAAGAAAACUCUCGUCUUCUACACUGGACGCGCUCCUCGUGGUACCAGAACCCACUGGGUCAUCCAUGAGUAUCGUGCCGUGGAGGACGACCUUGACGGCACUAAACCUGGCCAGAGCCCCUUUGUCAUUUGUCGUUUAUUUAAGAAACAAGAUGACAGCGUCGAAGGUUUGAACUCGGAAGAACCAGAAGCUACUAUUUCUUCUCCUACCGUGGCCAAAUCCUUUCCGGAAGUCGCAGAAUCUGAGCUAGCAUUGCCACAACCAUCUCCAGUAAAUACACCAGCCUCCAACAUUCUACCAUCUAAUGAAUGCUUUAAUGCCUUUCAAUCUGGAGGUCAAACAGUAGAUGUAACGACUCCUGAGGAGGAUAGUCAGCUGAAAGAAUACUUGAAUUGGUUUGUCCAACCACCUGAUACUGUAUAUGACAAGCUCUUUUCCCCUCUGCAUGCACAAGUACAAGCAGAAGUGGGUUUUCCGUAUUAUUCCAUUGCCAAUGACUGGAGCAACUGUAACAGUGGGGUGCAAUCUCAUCAUGGCACAAAUGAAAUAGAUUCUGCAUAUGUGACUAAUUUCCUGGAUGACGUCCUUCCACAGUACUCUUGUAAGGAGUCUGGCAGCUUUAAGAAUUUUGCUUUUGAUGAGUUCCCUGAAUCUUAUGGUGGAUUAGAUGCCAAAGUGAACCAAGCUUUGCUUGAAGAAGAGUUGCAGGGUACUGUAUACCCUGAGGAGGAUAUUGACAAAAAGCUGCCUUUAGUUGUAGAAACAAUCCAAGAAGAUAGAUUGUUAACUUUUGACCAUGGUGUUGAAUCCUACAGAAGGCAAAGUUUUACAUCAAUUUCUGGUGCAGAACAAUUAACUAGUUUCAAGGAAAUAAGCGACCAUAGGAAUCAAAUUGGCAGCAGUGAGAGUGUUGGAACUGGAAUCAGGAUUAGGGCUCGGAGUCCUCAAAAUGUACCAAAUCUCUGGAACUCUGCCACGCAGGGCCUUGCAACAAGAAGAUUACGUCUGCAAUGUAAAUUACAGGAGUUGAAAGCCAUGGAAAAGGAUACUUUUGUAGGUGGUUGUAGUUGUAGUACCAAGGAUGAACAUGAACACCAGACACGUUCCCUUUCUGAAAGCAAUGAAGUCGGAGUCUCUGAAGAACUAAUGGGUUACCAAGGACCCAAUGUGAGUCUGAGGAGCCAUACUUCAAUGCACCAAAAGGUUCCAUCCAUGUUAAAGGCCUCUUCUGCCCAUUGCUCUAUUUGGUCAAUUGCUGUGUUUGGAGUAGUUGUCUUGGUAAUUUUGCCACUGAUCUCAGUGAGCAAAUGGCGUUGCCUUAUUUUUGAAACUGCAUAGUGACCUUGUCUCUUGAUGUAGUUUCAUGCACCAUCCCUCCCAUUUUUUACUUAUUAUUAUUAUU